AGCUGCAGUCCAGAUCCAUGCUUUCUGUCCGUGUUCUCCACACAAUUGUUCACUGGCUGCUCCCCUAUAAGAUGUGCUUCCCUUUGCUUGAACAGCAGCAGCAGGCUGGGUGCCUGAUCCGGCCUGUGUGUAGUCAGCAAGCUGCAGUAGGACACGGCUCAGAGUGCAAAGUGCAGAGCCUGUCAUGAGUUUCCUUCGCACUAAGGCAGGCUUCAGGUUGCUGGGUCAAGGUUGGCAGCAUAUAAACCCAAAGCCUGUGAUCUGUCACUCAUUUGGUGCUCGGCCUAUUGUGGACAUGUCCUAUUCCCACCACUUUGUGGAUUUUCACGGCUCCUCUAUCCCCAGUUCUAUGAAAAAGCUGGUGGUCACCGAGCUCAGCCCUAACUUCAAAAAGGCAGUUACCUUAAUUCCCGAUGCCCCCGUGCCAGUGCCUGGGGACGGAGAUCUUCUCAUCAGAAAUCGAUUUGUUGGUGUCAAUGCGUCGGACAUAAACUUUUCUUCUGGUCGCUAUGCUAUCUCCACGAAACCUCCUUUUGAUGCUGGAUUUGAAGGCAUUGGCGAAGUAGUAGGUCUGGGCCUGAGUGCCAGUAAAACGUAUGCAAUUGGUCAGCCAGUAGCCUAUAUGGCAAAUGGCUCCUUUGCCGAAUAUACAGUUGUACCUGCAAAGGUGGCAAUUCCAGUGCCUUUUGUAAAACCAGAGAUCUUAACUCUUCUUGUCAGUGGCACAACCACUUAUAUCAGUCUCAAGGAGAUGGGACAAUUGUCUGAAGGAAAGAAAGUUUUGGUCACAGCAGCAGCUGGUGGGACAGGACAGUUUGCUGUGCAGAUUGCAAAACAAGCCAAAUGCUAUGUUAUUGGAACCUGCUCUUCUGAUGAAAAGGCAGGAUUUCUAAAAUCGCUUAACUGUGAUCUUCCAAUCAACUAUAAAACUGAAAAUGUUGGUUCAGUUAUAAAGAAGAGGUUUCCAGAGGGUGUAGAUGUUGUAUAUGAGUCUAUCGGAGGGGAAAUGUUUGAUAUGUCAGUCAACUGUUUAGCUUUAAAAGGUCGCCUUAUCAUUAUUGGUUUCAUCUCUGGCUACCAAUCAUCUAAGGGUAUCUUACCGGUUAAAACUAGCUCUUUACCUGCUGUUUUACUUAGAAAAUCUGCCAGUAUCCAUGGCUUUCUGCUGUUCCAUUACCUCUCUGAAUAUAGAGAAGCAAUUACAUCUUUAUUGAAACAGUACCAAACUGGAGAGCUGGUUUGUGAAGUAGACAAUGGGGACCAAACUCCAGAAGGCAGGUUCGUAGGCUUGGAGUCUGUCUUCCGCGCUGUAGAUUAUAUGUACAUGGGAAAAAACAUAGGAAAAAUUGUAGUUGAAUUACCUCACCCUGUCAACAGCAAGCUGUAAAAACAGAACAAUGAUAUAAAUCACAAGAGAAAAUGGUUCUUUCUCCUUGAGAAUGUCUAAAACAUGUUGUUGCUAAUGGAUAGUAUAUUAAAACCAGUAUCAAGGUGUUGGUAAAAAGUUUUCAUUUCAGGAAAAAAAAAAUCUUAUUAAUUUAAAGGCAUGGAUUUGGUAGGCCACCAGUUAACCUCUCCAAAACCACAACUGUCUAUAAUACCAGUAUUUGUGCAUUAAUAUAUUUAUGGAUGAUUGUAAAGAUUUUUCGAUCACAGCUGGUGAUUAUAUUCUAUAGAAUGUAUACAUUUCAUGCAGAUUUGCUAGGUAUAUUUUGAAAAAAGAUAACUUGUGAUUAAUUAGUUUGGCUUUCUUACUUUACAGAAUAAAUUGAAGGUCCUACUUUUAAAGGGACCUUAGAAUUAACAGUAUAGAAUACUAAAUAUCUAUGCAGUUUUGAAUUUCUAUGCAUUUUGAAAUUAAUGUAAUUUGU